AUGUCUCAUUCUAUUGGUUCAUUUUUAUUACCCUAUAUAAUUCUUCAUUUAAUUGGUGAAAAUCUUGGUCAAGAUGUAUUAGAUAAAGAAAUUAAAGCAUUCAUUUCUUAUACAAAUCAAUAUGAUGCAAACGAAAUAAAUCCAUCUUCUGAUGUUCUUCAUCAAAUUGGUCAAAUCAUAUUUACUUUAAUCGAUUUUCUUCUUUUAUUUUCCUCUUUAAAUACCAUCGAUCCAAAUGAACAAGCUAAAGAAUUAAAUCAACGUAAACGUCAACCACCACCACCACCACCGCAACAACAACAAAAACAAUCAAAUCAAGAUCCAUUAAAUAUUCAAGAUGGUACAUGGAAUAAUUUAGGUAUAAUAAGAAUACGUGAUUAUAUACGUUUAUUACAUACUGAUCUUUCUCUUGCUCGUAUUGCAUUUAAAUAUGAUCAUUAUACACGUGCAUAUCGUCAUUUUGAAAUGUAUUCAUCAACUGAACAACAACAAAUAAAUAUUUCUCAUAAUAGUGAAUUUCUUUUAAAAUUAUUUCAUCGUUUAAAUGAUCAAGAUUCAGCUUAUGGUAUUAUUGGUAUACGUAAUAUGAUACCAAAACAAUUAGAUAAUCCUCGAACAGAUAUUUAUGAAGAAAUUUUAUCAUAUGAAUUAACUGGACAAAUUGAUGAAGCUAUUGUUGCAUAUGAAAAUGUUUUAGAAAUGAAUGAAUUAAAUCAAACAAAUAUACAUUUAUAUUUAGGUUAUUUAAAUAAUUUAUUAACUCAACAACAAUUUCAACAUACAAUUGAUCAAUCAACUGGUAUUAUUGUUCAAUAUCCAACAUGGAUUAAUAUGUUAAAUCCAUUACGUAUUGAAGCUGCAUGGAAAUUAUCAAAAUGGAAUUUAUUAGAAAAAUUUUGUUCAUAUCAAAAUGAUAAUUUAUAUUUAAAUCAUAAUGAACAAAUAAAUGAAAAUUCAAAAAUGAAUAUUUUACAUGAUUUACAUGUUUCAAAACAAUUUGAAGAAUAUGUUGGAAAAAUUUUAUGUCAAGCUAAAAAACAAAAUCGUGAUGAAUUUUAUUCAGAAUUACGUUUAGCAUUAAAUUCAUUAAUGGGACCUAUAUCAGCAGCUAGUAUGGAAGUUGGAUCAUAUCAACGUGGAUAUGAUUAUUUAGCUAAAUUACAUUUACUUAAAGAUCUUGAAUAUUAUGUUUUAAAAAAUAUUUUUCAUGAUGAAAAUUCUAUUAUGAUUAUUGAUAAUGAUGAUAAUAUUGAUGAUAUAUGGUCACAAAGACAUGCAUUAUUACCACCCAAUAGUAAAUAUAUUGAACCAUCAUUAGCAUUAAGACGAACACUUUUAUUAUUAGAUGAUAUUAAUCAUACUAAACAACAUGCUGUAUUAGAAAUUGGUGAAUGUUGGUUACAUAGUGCACGUAUAGCACGUGCACAAAAUAAUUCAUUAGCAGCUAUUGGAUCAUUAAUGAAAGCUAAUCAAUCACAUCCAAUUGAAGUAGCUAUUGAACGUGCACAAUGGAUGUGGGAUAAAGGAGAAAAAGAUCGAGCUAUAAUGAGUUUAAAACAAAAGAAAAUUGAAUUAUUAGAUUCAAGAACAAAUAAUGAUGGAAAUCAUAAUGAAAAUAGAUUACAAGUUUCAACUGAUUUGAAAGCACAAGUAUGGUUAUUAUUAGCUCGUUAUAGUGAACAAAAUUCUCCUCAUGAAGCCGUUUUUGAAAUGUAUAAACAAGCUCAAGAAGCAGCUCCACAUUGGGAAGAAACACAUUUUUAUUUAGCACAAUUUUAUGAUACAUUACUUUCAUCAUGUAUUGAAUCCGAUCCAACAUCAUCAAAUUCUACUUCAACAACAACAACAAAUAAUUUUCUAUCAUCAAAUGGACUUUCAUUAGAAAAUAAAUUACGUAUGAUGGAAUAUAUUCGUUUAGCUGUUAAUACAUAUUGUCGUUCAUUAAAAUAUGGUUGUGAAUUUAUCUAUCAAUCGUUAACACGUUUAUUAACAAUGUGGCUUGAUUUUGCAUCUGAUCUUGCACCAUUUAUUAAACCAAUACCAACAACAACAACAUCACGUAAACAACAAUCAUUAACAGUUGCAGCCAUUAAUUUACCUGAUGCAGCACAAAUUAAACAAUAUGGACAAGCAAAAUUAACUGAAAUAACACGAGAAGUAUCAUCAUGGACAACACGUAUACCACCUUAUUUAUUUCUUGCUGCUUUUCCUUAUAUGGUUUCACGUAUAUGUCAUAGUGAAGAUAUGACAUCAAAAGCUUUAAAUUCAAUAAUAACACAAGUAUUUGCUGCUUUUCCUCAACAAACAUUAUGGAUGAUGAUUAAUUUAUAUGGUUCAUCAAAUAGUAUGCGACGUGAUCGUUGUAUUGCUAUUUGGAAUGAAGCUUCAAAUAUUGAACCUGGUUUACAUAAUUUUGUUGUCGAAGCAACAAUACUUAUUAAACAACUUGAUACAUUAUGUAUGCAUACUGGUACAUAUGGACAAAAUAAAAUAAGUUUAUCAGCACAAUUUAAAUCAUUUAAACGUUCAUAUACAACAUGUCCAAUUCUUAUACCAAUUCAAUCACAAAUGCAAGUUUGUUUACCACCACCGCCAGUAAGAUUUUCUCUAUCGACAACAUCAGCACAUGUUCAACAACAACACCAACAAAUAAUGAAUGGUGAUCUUCCAUCAGAAACAUCAGUCAAGUUAACAGCUAUGGCAAAUAAACAAGGUCCAUUAGGACGAACAACAGCAAAAAGAACUGCACAAGUAGGAUCAACAACAACUGGAACAAAUAAAAUACCACAAAAAACUUAUUAUGAUGCACGACAUCAACCAUUUCCUGAUGCUGUUGUUACGAUUCAGAGUUUCCAAGAUACCAUUGAAGUAUUAUCAUCAUUACAACGACCAAAAAAAAUUGUUAUAAUUGGUAGUGAUGGACAAUCAUAUCCAUUUUUAUGUAAAUCUCAAGAUGAUCUUCGUGUUGAUUCACGUUGUUUAGAUUUUUGUCAUUUAUUUAAUAAAUGUUUAAAAAAAAAUAGUGAAACACGUCGUCGUCAAUUAAAUAUUCGUACAUAUGCUGUUUAUCCAAUAAAUGAACGUUGUGGAUUAAUUGAAUGGUUACCUAAUUUAUGUACAUUUCGUUCAUUAGUAACAAAAUUUUAUCGACAACGUAGUUCAAAUUUUUCUGAAGUAUCCAAUCGAGAAAUAAAAGUUUAUGGAAAUAGUAAAGAUAAAACAAAAGAAACUCGUUAUAAUGAUUUCCUUAAAUUAUUGGCUUUUCAUCAACCAGCUGUAUUUCAUCAAUAUUUUUUUGCUGCUUAUCCUGAUCCAAAUCGUUGGUAUAUAAGUCGAAUGAAUUUUGUUCGUUCAACAGCUGUUAUGUCAAUGAUUGGUUAUAUAAUGGGUUUAGGCGAUCGACAUUGUGAAAAUAUUCUUAUUGAUACAUGUACAGGUGAAACAGUUCAUGUUGAUUUUAAUUGUUUAUUUAAUAAAGGAUUAACAUUUGAAAUUCCAGAGAAAGUACCAUUUCGUUUAACACAUAAUAUUGUUGAUGGUAUGGGUACAUUAGGUGUUGAAGGUGUAUUUCGUAAAACAUGUGAAAUUAUUUUACAUUUAAUACGCGAUGAACGUGAAUUACUUGUAUCAGUUUUAAAAACAUUUAUUUAUGAUCCAUUAGUGGAAUGGAAAUCAGCAACAAGAGAAGAAGUUGCUAAUAUGAAAAAACAACAAAUUGAAGGUGGAGAAGUUGUUAAUAUGAAGGCUCAAACACAUGUGAGAAAUAUAUUAGAACGUGUACGAGGUUAUUGUACAGAUGAAUUAACAGGCAAACGUGUUGUAUUACCAUUAUCGGUUGAAGGACAAGUUGAUCAUUUAAUUCAACAAGCAACAAGUAAUGAAUUAUUAUGUCAGAUGUUCAUCGGUUGGGCGGCUUAUUUAUAA